UGCGGCUACCAAUGUGAAUGAAUUUUUCGAAAAAUUAUCAAAUAAUUUUUAAAAUUAGAGUCGUUUCCUCAAAAAUAGGCACUAGAUAUAUAUCUAAUAUAUUAGGUGAAAUGAAAACUACUACUAAAAAAAAAUUCAAAUCUAAUUCAGUUGAUAAUGUAGCAUUGAUUCCAACUUUAGCCUAUUUUCAAGUUAUAGGAAAUGGUUCUAGAGGUUCUCCUAAAAGUAUACAUCUAUUUACUAAUUCCUACAGAUAUCUAUUUAAUAUUGGUGAAGGAGCUCAAAGAUUAAUUAUUGAACAUAAAUGCAAAUUGUCAAAAUUAUCAGGAAUAUUUAUAACCCACUCUUCUUGGGAUAACAUGGGAGGAUUACCUGGAAUUUUACUGUGUUUGAGAGAUAUAGGCAUUAAUAAAGUUGUAUUGCAUGGUCCUCCCAAAGUUGAAAAUCUUUUUAUCAUGACAAAAGGAUUUAUGGAAACUACAAAUAUAGAAAUCGAGAAAUAUGAUUAUCACAAACAUUAUUAUGAUGAUGGAUGCCUAAAAAUUGAAUACAUUCCAAUAUUUAAUGAUAAUCCUAAUUCUCUUAUAAAAACUAUUGAUUAUUCUUCAUCUGACAAUUCACAAUCAGAGACUGAAAUAUCCAGUGAAAUGAAGUCAAAUGCCCCUAAGAGAAUGUCCACCAAACCCACUGACAGAGACACUGUCAUAGCUUACAUUGGGCAACUUCAUACCAAGCCAGGAAUGUUAGAUAUUGUCAAGUGUUUGAAAUGCAAAGUUCCUGCCAACAGUUAUUUAUUGGGUAAUUUGAAAAAUGGUUUGGAUGUCGUAUUGGAAGAUGGAACCAUUGUAAAAUCUGCUGACGUUAAAGGAAUAGAUCAACCAGGUUUCAAAUUCGCUAUCGUUGACUGCCCUUCCAGGGAUUACUUAAACAACCUUGUAAGUAACGCAUCUUUCAUCGAGUACCAUCGGGACGAUGAUCAAGCGAUCAUUUCUAAUCAAAAUGAUUCCCUGGAUUCAAUCGAUAAACUAUUGAAAAUCAUGGUUCAUUUUACUCCCGUGGAUAUAAUGUUAACUCAGGAAUACGUGGGAUGGAUGCAAAAAUUUGGCCCUGAAACAUCGCAUAUGGUUUUAAACGAAUCCAACAAUGGGGAUUUGUCAUUCUUAGAUACAUUUCGAUUCCAGGCCAAAUUAAACACUGUGCAUGCUGGAAUAUUUCCUUUUAACGAACAAUUGAAACACGAAUAUACACCGCAACAAAAUGUCGUCAAACUAUUCGACCAACACUUCCCUCCACAAUUAAAUAUCUGUCACGGGACCACUAUGUCGAAAUACGUGUUAAGACCAAUUGAAAAAUGUGGCUUUGACAUAUCCGAAUGCGUUCGCGAUCUGUCCGCAAAAAAGACCCCUGGCGCCAGAGAUCUUCUUAAAAAAAUAUCCAACGGCUGUGAUAUAAGGGAAAUAAUUGGAAAUGAUGAUCAUGGAAACUCAUUGGCUUCACCAACUAUUCUUAACGGGGUAGAAAGAGAGGCUAUUAAUAACGAUGAUGAUAAGAAUAAGAUUCACGCCGAAUUAAUCUACGCACAAGCCAUCAGUCAUAUGAAGAAGCAAAUCGAAGAUUCAGAUAUGGAACCAAACGCGAAAUUAUUAAUGGAUUAUCCUCAAUUCGUAUUUUUGGGUACAGGUUCAGCCGUACCCAAUAAGACUCGCAAUGUUAGUUGUAUAUGGGUAGGUUUGGAUCUGAACACAUCUAUCCUCAUGGAUUGUGGGGAAGGAAGUGCCGGUCAAAUUAUUAGGUUUUUUGGUAGCCUAUCAUCUUCUCAACCUCCUUUAAGGUACUCUGACGAAAACGUUAAUCGUAUGUUAAGAACUCUCAAGUGUGUUUUCGUGUCCCAUUUACACGCCGAUCACCAUUUAGGCCUGGUUCAAAUUAUCAAUGAAAGACGUCAAGCUUUUCGAGACACGGAUGUCAACUAUAAGUCCGAUCUAAGUUUGAGUUCAGAAUUGGGAAAAGAUAUUCCUAAGCUUAUGGUCGUAGCACCGAAGGGCUUGAUGAACUUCCUUAGACCCUACAGCAAUAAACACCAACACAUAUUGACCGAUAUCAAAUUCAUGCCCUCGCAUAACUUCCAACCCGAUAUGGUUGAUGAAUACCUUCACGCUCUUAUCUGUUCCCACCUAAAUCUAAAACAAUUUCUAACUAUACCAGUCUACCAUUACAAAAGUCCAUACGGCUUAAGCUUCACGACAAAUGACCAAAUCUCGGUGGAUAAAACGGAUAAGACUUUCCAAAAUUCAUCUAUAACAACCACAAAUUCGAAGAAAAUAGUGUAUUCAGGUGAUACCAUCCCUUGCGAAAAUUUGAUAAAUUACGGCGAAAAUGCUGACUUAUUGAUUCACGAAGCGACCAUGGAAAAUAGUCUGACUACCGAAGCCUUUACAAAGAGGCAUAGUACCAUAUCACAGGCUAUUGAUACCGGUCACAAAAUGAAGGCAAAAUUUAUCCUGUUGACUCAUUUUAGUCAAAGAUAUUCCAAAAUGCCCCUUUACGGUACAUCGAGCGAAGUUCAGGAUAGCACCGAUGGAUCAGUUGUCAACCAAGAACGACAACUUAAAAACGUGGGAAUAGCCUUCGAUAAUAUGAAGGUAAAAUUUAACGAACUGUCUAUCUUACCCCAUUUGAUCCCACCUUUGAAAGUUUUAUUCGCUGAUGAUAUGUUGGAAAUGGAAGAGAGGACAUCUAAACUGGUUCAUAGAAAAAAAAUGUCUUGGGUCUAAAAAUUUAUUGAAUAUCAAAAUGAAUUAUUGUAAAUAUUGAUAAAUUGUACGAAAAAUAUUAUAU